AUGGGGCCGCCCCCCUGCUGGCUCUUGCUGCUGCUGGCCGCCCCCCUGGGGAAGCCGCGGCCGCCCCCGGCCGUGCCCUGCCCGGCGGUGUGUGAGCCGGCGCGCUGCCCCCCGCGGGACCCCCAGCUCUGCCUGGCCGCCGGGGGCCUGCUCCAGCCGGACCGCUGCGGCUGCUGCUGGCUCUGCGCGCCCGGGGAGGGGCGGCCCUGCGCCGCUGGGGGGCUCUGCGCCCACGGGCUGCGCUGCCAGCGCCCCGCAGCCCUCCGGGCCCGGGGCGGCACCUGCCUCUGUGCCGAGUCCCCCCAGCCCGUGUGCGGCAGCGACGGCCGCACCUACCGCAGCCUGUGCCAGCUGCGGGCCGAGAACCGGCGGGAGCGGCUGCGGGACGCGCCCCCGGCCAUCCCCGUGCAGCAGGGCGGCUGCGGAGAGCCAGGCUCCUUCCAUCCUGACAGCCUGAGGUACAAGUUUAAUUUUAUUGCGGAUGUUGUGGAGAAGAUUGCUCCAGCUGUUGUCCAUCUUGAGCUCUUUCGCAGGGUGUCCUACUCAAGCCAAGAAGUUCUUGUGUCCAGUGGCUCCGGAUUCAUAGUGUCAGAGGAAGGACUGAUUGUCACUAAUGCGCAUGUUCUCACCAAUAAGCAGAGAAUCAGAGUGGAGCUCAAGAGCGGGGAGCAGUACGAAGCUAAAAUCAAAGAUGUUGACCACAAGUUGGACAUAGCCCUGAUCAAAAUAUAUCCUGAUACUGCCCUCUCUGUACUACUGCUGGGCAGAUCCUCUGACCUCCGUCCUGGGGAGUUUGUUGUGGCGCUGGGCAGUCCCUUCUCCUUACAAAACACUGUAACGACAGGAAUCGUCAGCAGCACUCAAAGAGGCAGCAAGGAGCUUGGCCUGAAGGACUCUGACAUGGCAUACAUUCAGACAGAUGCCAUCAUCAAUUAUGGAAAUUCAGGUGGGCCCUUGGUGAACUUGGAUGGUGAAGUUGUAGGGAUAAAUACGCUGAAGGUAACGGCUGGCAUCUCCUUUGCCAUCCCCUCUGACCGAAUCCGUCAGUUCCUAGAAGAAUCUCACGACCGGCAGAUGAAAGGGACGAUUCGACCCAAGAAGAAAUACAUGGGAUUCCGAAUGCUUCCCCUCACUUUUAAUCUCAUCCGUGAACUGAAAAUCUAUGAUAAAGACUUCCCGGACCUGAACUCUGGAGUCUAUGUUUUUGAAGUGAUUCAAGGAACUGCUGCUGCAAGCUCUGGCCUGAGAGAUGGUGAUGUGAUUAUCAGCAUUAAUGGAAAAACAGUCACCUCAACAGAAGAUGUAAGUGAAGCUGUUAAAGACAAUGAUGAUCUUUCAGUUGUGGUUCGUCGAGGAAAUGAAGAUGUGAUCUUGAAUAUAAUUCCAGAUGAAAUUGAUUAAAGGCUGACUUCUAUCAGAAAUAGUUUCAUUAAACAAAGUCAGACCUGCA